CUUUGAUCUUCUCUUUUUUCAAGGCGGUCCUAUGGCAGAGAAGCAGCUGAUCGUGGCCGUUGAAGGCUCCGCGGCCAUGGGCCCCUUCUGGCAGACGAUCCUUUCUGAUUACCUUGAAAAGAUCAUCGGGUCUUUUUGUGGUGGUGACUUAACUGGGCAGAAACCUUCACCUUCUAAUAAUGUCGAGCUCUUACUGGUCACAUUUAAUUCUCAUGGAUCUUAUUCUGCUUGCUUAGUGCAACGGACUGGCUGGACAAGAGAUGUUGACAUCUUUUUACAAUGGUUAGCGGCCAUUCCUUUUGCUGGUGGUGGCUUCAAUGACGCUGCAAUUGCAGAAGGUCUUUCUGAAGCUUUAAUGAUGUUCCCUUAUGCUCCAAAUGGAAGCCAACCUCAACAAAAUAUAGAUGGACAAAGGCAUUGUGUUCUUAUUGCAGCAAGUAACCCUUAUCCCUUGCCAACACCAGUCUAUCGACCACAAAUACAAAAUUUGGAGCAGAGUCAAUAUAUUGAUCCACAAACAGAAAGUUGCCUAUCUGAUGCAGAGACAGUUGCGAAAUCAUUUCCUCAAUGCUCUGUUUCUCUGUCUGUCAUCUGUCCAAAAUAGCUGCCAAAAAUUAAGCAAUCUACAUUGCGGUAAGAAUGUUGAUCUCUCUUUAUCUCUCUCUCUCUCUUUCUCAUGGUGAUGGGGUUGUAAAUGAGCCAAGCCUUGAGUAGUGACUUGGCCUGACUCGUUUGCUUUAAUUCGAGUUCAAGCCUGAUUUUGAGGCUUGUUUGCUAAACAUGAUGUGUUUGAGCUCAUUAAUACUUAGCUCAUUUAAGGUCGCAAGUUGACUCGUGAGUCAACUCAUUUCUAAGCCCAUGAACUAGCUUUUUUA